AAUUGGUCCGAAAAAGUUCAGACUUGCAACGGUAUUCAACAUGAUCAGACUAGUGUUUCUCGCCGGCCUCAUGGCCGUUGCGGCAGCAACAGAGUCGCGUCAGGCCAGUAUGGGCAUCCAGGUCUGUUACGGCCCCGGCAACUGUCAACAAGAGAACACUGGGGUCGUUCUCGAUUACCGUUGGACUGGCUGCGGAGAUCCCUACAACUGCUACCUAAAUCCUAGCCAAGCCGAAUAUGAGUCUGGAUGGGGAAUUAAAUUCGAUGGCAAUCAAAUGACGUUGGCCAAUUGGCCCUCGAACGGAGCAAGAACUUUUCUCACCACCGGCCCGAAUUCCAAUCGGUAUCGAAUGUUUUAUCUGCUCAAUAAGGAACUGUCUUUCGAGGUGGACGUGACUGCGACAGGCUGUGGCAUGAAUUCGGCCCUCUAUUUCAUCACGAUGGAAAGCGAUGGUGGCCAGGCCAGUUCCGGUUACACUGGAGCCAUGUACGGCACAGGCUAUUGCGAUGCCCAACCAGCUGAGCCUGGACGUCCUUCUUGCGACGAGCUGGACAUUUGGGAAGCCAAUAGUUUGGCCAAUGUCUACACGACUCAUCCUUGCCUCAAUGGCCAAUGCGAUCCUUACGGCUGCGCUUUUAAUACUUAUGCCCGAGGCGCCAAAACAUUUUACGGUCGCGGCUCCGGCUACCAGUUGGACAGCACGCAAAAGUUUACCGUCGUCACUCGAUUCGUCACCGUCGAUGGAACUGACAAUGGCGAUCUCAAAGAGAUUCAACGUUUCUACAUCCAGAACGGACGCACGAUUCAGCAACCGACCUUUGAUGGUUACAACGGACUUUCCGAUGGUUACUGCAACCAUUUUGGGCAGUCAAACAGCCAAGGAGGCGUAUCGUACGGCAUGUCGCAGGGUAUGAGAAAAGGCAUGGUCUUGUCCAUGUCCAUGUGGGGCAGUCCCAGCGAUCCAAACAGCAUGACUUGGAUGGACAACGAACCUAACGGCCCAUGCCCAAUUUAUCAAAAUCCCAAUCCUUACACAAGUUUCGGCAACAUUAAAAUCGGUCCGAUUGGCUCAACUGUUUAAUUGACAUUGUACCUCGUGGCCAUCUGCUGUUUAGUUUUAGUACUACUAGCCCAUGAAAAAUACAGACGUUUGUGCAUGCA